AUGUCAGAUUCGGAGGCGUCCAGCCCGUCGACAUACCUGGACGAUACUCCAUCCUCCACCAACUUUGUUGAAGAUGUGCUCGUAACCUCUGCUGACGAACGAGAUUCUGCUCUCCCACUUGUACCAUGGCGCUCUGGAGCGGAUAACCUAGAUCUUCUACGCCGAAACACCUAUUACGCCUACGUAGGCCACAACAACUGGCUUGCUGCACGUCAGGCUCAGCAACGCCCACUACGACUUCGCAGGAAGGUCAUUGUUCGGCGUCAGACAUAUACCAUUGUGGACGAAGUAGGAAUCAGCCGUGAUUUUUUCCUUAUCAUCGCUCUGUGUUUUUCUCUUGCAGUGCUCAUGAUCAUCUUUCUACGCCCAAUCGCGCUUGAACUGCUGUGGUAUUACAUUGACUGA